AUGUUGUCUCUUCGGAGCCUCACUAGCUUCGUCGCUCUUCCAUCGCGAUCGCGAUUUAAGCCGUCUCCAUCUCUGCGUCGUCGCUCAGGCUCAGUUCGUUGCCGUCUGACCGAGGCGGCUGCAGCUUUUUCGCCUCUUGAUGUAGUCUCCGGAGAGUCGGAACGAGCGAUUGCUAGCUUGACUGAGCUUCCAAACGGCGGUGGAUGGAAGCUGGAGCAGGAGCUUCCCAUUGCGGCGGAAGAUGGCGGCGAUGGACUUGAAGAUGACGACGGUUCGGAGGAUGAAGAGGGGAUUUCUAGCGUCCAUGUUCCUCGUGAGAAAUACAUCAGUGUCUCCAAGUCUGAUCUCGUCAACGCCAUUGAAACGACGCUCCUUUAUUCCCAAGACGGUGACGCUGAUAUCUUUCUCCUCCUUGCUUCGUGCUUGGAUUCGAUCCUUCACGCGGAGCACAAGAGGAUUUUAGAGCAGAUGAGAGCCGAUUUCGUUGCCACUCAAUCUCUGGAGAAGGUAAACAUUGGUGGUGGUGAUGAAGAAAGUUCUACUUCAGGUAGAGAAAUUGACUCAGAGUCAGAGUCAGAGGAGGAAAGUAACUCGAAAGCAAAGAAAUCUGAAGCAGGGAGUGUUAAUGGAUACGAAGGUUUAUUAUUCCCUUUGGCUGAUGGUUUCGACAUUUGGAACUUUCUGAUUUCCUCUGGAAAACAUGCAAAGAGGCGUUCCGCUGAAAGUGUUACUGCUGCAACUCGGUUCCAGCAUUCCUUCAUUCAGCUUCUCGACAGUGCCGGUUUUGAAGAGCUUUCAGCUAGGGAUUUGGCAUUGACGUCGGCUCUCAACACGGAUUACCUUCUUACUCUGCCUGUGUACGUUGAUUGGAAGAAGGCGGCAGAGUCCAAUGCUAUUGUUUUCAGGCGUGGAUAUGCCACUGAGAAGGAGAAGGGUUUGUUACUUGUGGAGAAGCUAGACUAUAUCCAGUCUGUAGUUCUACAAGGAAUCUUCUCUACCAUUUCAAAACCCCUGAGAAAACUUGGAAAACUGAUAAACAAGGGAUUAAGCGAGGCUUCCAAGACUCAAGAAAUGCAAGAUUUGUCAGAGAGAAUGAAGGUUUGGCUCAAGGAGCUGUCUCUUUUCAAGGAAUCAUAUCUAGACCAAGUCCAAACUUCUGAUAGAUUAUUGGAAGGGGAGUUCCGUUCAGAUUCAGUCCUCCCCAUGCGGUUAGCAGCAAAAAGAGCAGUUAGUCGGUAUGAAGGGCUGCUCACACCUGUCGGUCCUCGCGAAAGGCUCUUCAGAAAGUUGCUAACAUGGAUUGGUUUCACUUCUCCUGCUUAUGAAAUACCAUCUCAGCUAGCUAAUGAUACCAAUGCAUCUGAACCUUAUUUGAGGCCGAUAUCCUUGUCAAGGAUGACACUAGGUGAUAUAUGGAAACCUGCUUCAAAGAAAGCUUGCGGAAAUGAUUUGUGGAAAAGGAUAAAAACUUCGGUUUCCAUUCUUUUAUCACCGUCGACACUGCAGGAGCCUGCAUUUGAAGAACUAAUUUUGCUUUACACGAAGGAUGCAAGUGAGAAAGGCGAUAAGAAUAAAGAUGAAACCCGGUCAUCAUUACAAUUGGAGAUAUUUGAAAGAAUUCCAAUUCCAGAUUUACCUGUAAUUUUCCCUCACAGGAAGCUUUACUUUCGCAUCAUAGAUACAGUACGUCUGGAUAUCGCCAGUAUAUUGGGACUUACAGCAUACUUUGUAAACUACAAGUUUGAGAACAUCUCAUCAUCCCCAUCAGCACUAUUGCUUGAUGUGGUCGCCGUCACUGCUCUUGUAAUCUACGCAACACGUGUGGUUUUGGGUUACAAACAGACAUGGGAUAGAUAUCAAUUGCUAGUGAACAAGACGCUUUAUGAGAAAACCUUAGCCAGUGGCUUUGGCUCUGUCCAUUUCCUCUUAGAUGCCUCGGAGCAGCAACAGUACAAGGAGGCAAUAUUGACAUAUGCAAUUAUUCUUCAAGCGGGGAAGAAUCAGCAUAUGUCGUACCAAGGAGUUGGAGAUAGAUGCGAGAGAUUUCUGUAUGACAAAUUCAAAAUAAAGGUUGAGAUGCGAGUAGAAAAGGCUAUAAGCACGUUGGUGAGACUUGGUCUAGUAACAGAAGAGACACUGAUCGAUGGAAACACCAAGCUACAGGCUGUUCCUUGUGCUCAGGCUUAUGUUUCUCUUAAAGAACUGUGGACCAGUCUACUUGGUUGA